AUCGCAAACACUUUUUUGCCAAUGAUUUGAAAGUUUGAGUCAAACAAACAAACCAUUUGUUUCACCUCUUCGGGCGAUUGUCACCACAACCACAUCCACGCCACUCAUGAGUUGACACACAAACCCCACGUGAACAACAAGUUUUAGUUUUGUUUAUAAGUUAUUUAUUUUGGCCGUAAAUCCAGUGCUUUAUCUAUAAUUGUUGUGUAAAUCACGUAAUAAUCGUUGAGUUUGUGGUGCAGUCGUCAAGUGAUCGCGAUGUCCGCCGACUUGGAUCUAAACGUCACCUCAUCUGAAGUUUUCCUCUACAUCUACGACAUGUCCAAAGGGAUGGCCAAAGCGUUUUCGCAGAUGUUUUUAGGUAAAGAGCUUCCGGGCAUUUGGCACACGAGUGUCAUCGCCUACGAGAGGGAGUACUUCUUCGGCUCGUGUGGUAUUCAGAGCUGUAAUGCGGGUGAGACCAUUCUCGGCGAACCGGAUCAGAUGCUAAAGCUGGGCAAAUGUCAGUUGCCUUACAGCCUAUUCCUCGAGUACUUGUCCUCUUUGGGCGACUCGACCUUCGCACCCGGAACCUAUAACUUAAUGGAACACAACUGCAAUAACUUUAGUAACGAAUUGUCUCUAUUCCUCACCGGAAGACCUGUUCCUCAAGAGAUCCUUGACUUACCAUCAGAAGUGCUCAAUACACCUAUCGGGCAAACGUUGAAACUUUACUUGAAUUCAUUGAGUAUACGGCCAGAAGGUAGUGGCGUAUCGUUCAGCAGCACAUCCGAGCCCCGACACAUCCAGUCGCCACUCAGCCAUCAACACAAUAGUCGCUCAAUUCAUGCCAGAGAAUCGACGCCAACGGAAAGCGUACCUCAAAGUCAGCCAUUAGUGACUACAUCCGCACCACAGACGCAACAAAAGCCACAAAUUACUACUCGCGACCUCAAUAUGGCCGACAACGAGACCGCCGAUACGGGUGACGCCAACGAGACUCAAGAGCUGAAAGGCGACGUCGAAACGAAAGCCGUCCGGCGCUCCUAUAAGUACGACGACCCGCCCGUCGUCUUCAAAGACGUCGACGGCGUCACCGCUAUUAAGAAAUUAACAGAAUUACUGUCGGAUCAGAUAAGUAACGAACAGCACCUGUAUCUGAAAGAAUUGGGCGAAUACCUAGUGUCGGAGAGCGGUGCCUGGGCUCUCGGCGAGGAGCACCUGGACUUUAUUUCCUUACUGCUCAGCGGUGGUGACGGCAAGUUUGCGCCCAAUGUUCCGCUUCUGGUGCUGGAAGUGCUUCAAGCGGCCUCUCUUAAGGACGAUAUUGUGCUGGUCUUACAUCAGGACCGCAAAGACCAUCGGGUCAUGAGUUAUAUCAACCGAAUCGAGUCAUUGACUUUAGCCGAACAGGAAGAGACGGCCAAACUGUUGUGCAAUCUUUGCGGUCAGCCCUCGACCUUUGAUUGGCUCCUAUAUAUCAGCGAAUGGGCUGAGGCUGACGGCCAGCAAUCCAGCAAUAGUAGGACUACCACCAGAGCUGCCGUUCACACCGUUCUCAACGACAAACUCACGACUCUGCAGAAGACGGGCGUCUCUUUGAUAUACAAUUUGGCGCUUAAAGAGCUGUUUGAAGACACGGCUACAGAACUGGCCACUGCUGUCCUCCAGUUCCUUCACGGAGAUCUCCCCGAAGAUCAAGCCUACAUGUGUUUGAUAUCCAUUUCCCGGUUUAUGGCGAUCAGCUAUAACGACGUGCCAGCGCUGGUCAAAAUGCUGGGCCCAGACCUCAACAAAUUUAAGGGUUUGUCCGAAAGGGUUGACAAAAUAGUGGACGAAGUGAAUACCAAAUUAGCUACACUUCCAUCUCUGUCUACCGGUGAUUGAAAUUUGCGUUAAUUUUUGAUUGAAUAUCUCAUUAUGUGUUACAGUAUCUGUCAUAAGCUUUUUUUCCUAGAAAUUACCAGUAAUUCAAAAGCGAUAAUGUUUUAAACAAAUCCUUUUUUAUGUCACGGCUUUAUACUUUGAAUUUAAUUUUUAUGCCAUAAGUUUGACAGACUUUUGUAUUAUUAUUUGAUUUUAGUUUUUGAAUAUUAUUUAUAUGUCUAUUCUUU